AUGAGGAAACAACGAGCCAAUCAGAGCCCAGCGUGCACAUCACAUGAUCCACACAAACAUAACAGAGACCGGGACACAAAGUCUUCCUCAUCCGCCUACACUGCUGCAACCACCCAGCCGGCCUGGCAUCGUGUCUCCGUCAGGUUGACGGCGUUGGUUAAAGACUACUGCGGCAGCCUGUCGGAGAAGUCGGUGCAGAUGAACUUCGCCCUCAUCUACGAGCUGCUGGACGAAGUCGUGGACUACGGUUACAUCCAGACGACGUCCUCUGACGUCCUGAAGAACUUCAUCCAGACCGAAGCCGUCUCCUCCAGACCGUUCAGCCUGUUUGACCUCAGCAACGUCGGCUUGGUAGGUCAGAGGUCCGAGACACACACACACUCUCUAACAUGUUGUCUUUGGUCAACAGAGAUGCGAAUCGGUCUGAACGAAGAAUUCAGCAUCGGGAAGUCACAGCUCAGAGGUUACGGAGCGGCGGUGCGUGUAGACGAGUGCAGCUUCCACCAGGCGGUCCGGCUGGACGAGUUCGACAGCAACCGGAUCCUCCGGCUGUGUCCGAGCCAGGGAGAGCAAACGGUGAUGCAGUAUCAGCUGAGUGAUGAUCUGCCGUCUGCGCCUCCUUUCCGCCUCUUCCCCACCAUCGAGAGAGACAGCGGAGGAAGGUAGAGUCACGCAGUCCAGUCCCUUUAAGA